AUAACUGCUUUAUUGACGUCACUGCAAUACUAUAAGUGAGUUUGCAAUAGGAACGAAAUGACGCACAAAAAUGCGCGGUAAAAAAACAUCUAAAACCACAUCUGUCGGAUGGAUUCGUUGAAUUGUGGAAUGGCAGUACAACUUCACUGCCUGCACAGAUGAUGGAAAUUAAGACUACGAUCGAUAACCCAAGUGAAUCUAUCGUUGUAUUUUCAAGUUCCACGUUAUGCUGGACAUCUUUAAACUCCGAAUGUGAAUCAAAUCAAAGCUUCAGCGGAGGACAGGCCACAUUAUCUAGCCCACUUCCAAAGGAGUAAGAAAUUGUAUAGCCUACCGGUCCGGCCAGUGGAUAGUUAUAGCUUGAAAAAAGAAAACGACACGAAAUCUCUUUGCUGAUAAAACGGCUACUUGUACCACCACAACUGUGUAAGGAGGCUUUGAGAACCUUUGCAGCAGACCCGACUGGCAUAUCAAUCAGAGCCCGAAAGUGCGAGUCGUUUGGAACAACCCCUUUACAAAUGACAUAAUCUGGGGGGAAAGGAUGCCACUUUUCCGAUUUACGAAAGGAUAGUAUCAGCCAACACUAUCACCAAUCUGACUACCCCCCUCCUUUUGCCGUGGGUGAGCACAAGCGAGAGCCUCAGAAGCCGCAUGAUCAUCGAUUCACUCUUUGAAUUUGUGCUGUGUCUGUGAAAACUAAGAAAGCGGAGAAGCAGCCUCAAUAGGAAAAUUAUUUUAUUUAAGCAUGACGACCAGGAUAUUUUAUUUGUUUAUUUGGUCUGCGGCAUUUUUAUUUGAGCUGCAUUGCGCCUCGCAAAGGACCACCGCGGGGCUUGCGCUUUCCACCGCUGGUCUCCUCAACAGCAGCGAUGAUGCUAUAGGUAAAAAAGACUCCAACCAAACAUACAACUCGAGACUUAAGAGGAAAAAUCUCGCCGUGGAUUUUGCUGUCCCUUCUCUUUUGAGGUAUUACUUGGCAGAGUUUAUUAAACGGCCACUCAACGGUGAUUGUCUGACUGUUAACGGGUGCUACACGGUGCGUGCUAACUUAAGAAUGCACUGCAUUCCCUUACAAAAAACAAUUUCAACUUUUGUUGACCCAAAGUUGGCAGCAAUCGAUAGUACAGUGGUGGACAAAGGGAAUUCAUCUAAUGCUGGACAGCUCCCUUCUCGCUUCAAACGGCCGCCGUCCAAAGUUCUGAAUUUAGGCUUGACAAAAGCCAGUCGAAAAUCGAAUCAAGUCGUCGUGGAAAUUGGGGAGGAAAUGGUCAGAACAGGAUGCGGGGGACUAGCUGUGUACGAGGAAGCCCCUGUAUUUUUCUUGGAAAUGGACCUUACACGUAUUUUGGAAUGGUGGUUAGGUGCUGAAGGAGGGCGACUCAGAGUCCGACUCAUGCCCGAAAAGAAGGCUCAGGUUCCCGGAACAGAAGACAAGUACACCGCCGCAAUACGAGCAGCUGACCCCCGUCUCUUCCUUGAGAUAUCCUCCCGAGGUGAGCCGUUGGCUGGAAGGACAGAUGCAGGCGUUCCCAGAGGCUACUGGAACUUCUCCUGGCUGGCUGAGGAACUGCAGAGCUUCCCCAAGGACAAGGCACAGAAGUCAGUGGGGCAGUGCCUCGGCAACUCAAAGUCAUGCGUGAGAAACCCAGGGGAUAACCCAGGAUUCACUUGGAGCAUUGUGGCAGCUGACGACCCUCGGGAAGACGGGAGCGAGAGGAUGGAAAAGGGAGGAAGUCCCCAGGGCUGGGAGGAAGGUCAAUUCCUGUGGGUGAAUGGCUCUGCGUUCGGGGGCCCCUGGGUGCUGAGUCCCUGGCUGUGGGGGGAUGGGCGGGGCCCCUGUGGCCUGGACCUGGCUGUGUUCCUCCACCCUCGUCAGAGUGGCCGCUAUACUGUGUGGCUCAUUGAGAGGGACAAACCUCCACUGGCCCUGCUCUCCACUGAUACCCUUCCACGUAUCACCGGCUGGGCGGUGGUCCAUCUGACCCUGGGGAUCCACGGCAGAACGCCGUUCCGAAUCUCGGCCAGCUACGACCAGCACAGUGACCAGAAUGCAGAUGCCACUAGGACCGCUACCAUCGAACCAAGCUUUACCACGAACUGCACUGUGGAUUCCUCCCCAACUGCGACCAUCGCGCUGCAGGGCCAGUACCAAUGCCACCAGGGAAAGGAGAUCCCCCUGGGCCGACUGUGCGACUUCAGGACGGACUGCCCACAUGGCGAUGAUGAGGGGGACGCGUGCCGUCAAUUUCUCAAUGGCAGCCACUGCUCUUUCGAAGACGGCGAGUGUGGCUGGCAGGCGGUGAUAGCCAAAGGUCCCUACUGGAGACGGCUCCGAAACCUGCCCAAGGCAGCCAGGCCCAGUUGUACAUCAUCAGGUGCUACGUUUAGUGUAGAUGGAGGGCAGCAGGGUGUGGCGUUGCUGCGAAGCCCCCUUUUCCCCCCUCCCCUCAGGAACUCCCCAUGUAAGGUGCAGUUCUCAGUGUGUUUUGGAGGGCCCCAAAAAGGGGCGCUGUCUCUUUGGCUUGUAGAAAACAGCACAGGUCCAGAGGAGCAGCGCAGGCUGUGGCCGUUGCUCAGCGAGUCCAAAAUGGAAAGAGGCUGGAGACUCGUCACUGUCCCUCUCUAUGGACUUACAGACUGGUUUUGGCUCCAGUUCAGCAUUGAUGGGCCAGGUCAAGGAUCAUCGAUAUCUGUGGACAACAUCUCUUUCAGUAUGGACUGUUUUCUAGCCUCAAAUGGUGAAUUUCCACCGACUGUAACCAGCAGCACCACAUUACAACACAAACCAACCAAUCAGAACAUCAAGACGACCACCCCAUCCAAUAGAAAUUCACAUCUCCCAAAAGACGACUCCACCAAAUGGACAUUCCACACUUGCGGCGCAGCAGGACCAGAGGGGCCAACUCCAACCCAGUGCAAUAGCUCAUAUAGAAACAGCAACAUCAAUGUCAGUGUGGGAACCAGGGGGCCAUUCAAAGGCAUCCAGGUUUGGAAGGUGCCAGAAACAAGCACAUACAGGAUCACAGCCUAUGGUGCCGCAGGCGGGCGCAGUGUGAUGGCUGUGACCAGGUCACAUGGUGUGUACAUCAUAGGGGACUUCCUGUUUCAGAAGGGUGAGCUGCUUCAUAUCCUGGUCGGCCAACACGGGGAAGACGCAUGUCCCAACUCUAACGGGAUGCUCAACAAGAUCUGCAUGGAGCAGAGUGGCCCGACGGACAACAAGACUCAAGUGAAAGGGGGCGGGGGAGGAGGGGGCGGAGCCACCUACGUCUUCAAGGUGGAGAAGGGAGUCCAUAUCCCUCUGAUCAUUGCAGCAGGAGGUGGGGGCCGUGGGUACAGUAGCCAAUCGGGUAGCCAGGAGGAGCUCAUAGACACUGACCCCGCUGUGCAAGGGCGUAAUGGAAAGUCCGGUGCAUCAGGUGGAGGUGGAGGCUGGAACGACAGCACCCCUGGGACCCCGGGCGGGAGGCCCCUGGUGCUGGGCGGCCAUGGAGGGCAGCCGUGUCAGACUUUCAGCUGGCAGACCAGGGGUGGUUUUGGAGGUGGCGGGGGGGCCUGCAUGUCUGGUGGAGGCGGGGGCGGAUACAGAGGGGGUAACACCAGUGAAGCCAACAAUCCAAAACAGGAUGGGGAGGACGGCUCGUCCUUCAUCAGCCCAGACGGGGAAAUGUUUAUGGAUCCUCUUAAAGGUAUGGAAGGUAACGGUGAAGUGAUCAUCAGCCAGGUGCAGAACUGCAGCCACUGUGAGAUGAACGAGUGCCAUCACACAGAGGAGGGGACCGUGUGCUACUGUGACGAGGACCUCGUCUUGGACUCCGACGGAGUAUCGUGCAUCAACCACACCGAGGUGUCUGUCCUGUCACCACAGCCCUCGCUGUCCCACCUGGCUCUGGGGUUGUCCGUCGGUACCUCAGCCCUCAUCGCCGCCCUUCUGCUGGCUGUGUCCGGGGUGAUGAUUAUGUACAGACGCAAACACACGGAGUUGCAGUCUAUUCAGCUGGAGCUGCAAAGCCCAGACUGUAAACUGAGCAAGCUAAGGGCCUCAACCAUUAUGACUGACUACAACCCCAACUACUGCUUUGCUGGCAAGACUGCCUCAGUCAAUGACCUGAAGGAGGUGCCACGGCGCAAUAUCUCUCUCACCAGGGGCCUGGGGCAUGGGGCAUUUGGAGAGGUAUACGAAGGGUUGGCGGUUGGGAUUCCUGGAGAGCCCAGUCCCAUGCAAGUAGCCGUCAAGACUCUUCCUGAAGUGUGCUCAGAGCAGGAUGAACUGGACUUCCUAAUGGAGGCUCUCAUAAUUAGUAAGUUCAGCCACCAGAACAUAGUAUGCUGUAUAGGUGUGAGUCUGCAGGCCCUGCCUCGCUUCAUCCUACUGGAGCUCAUGGCUGGAGGAGAUCUCAAAAGUUUCCUGAGAGAGACCAGGCCCAGGCUGGAGCACCCAUCCAGUCUUUCCAUGGUGGACCUCCUCAAUGUGGCCAGAGACAUAGCUAGGGGCUGCCAGUACCUGGAAGAAAACCAGUUCAUACACAGGGACAUUGCGGCUCGAAACUGCCUCUUGACCUGCAAAGGACCUGGGAGAGUGGCCAAGAUUGGAGACUUUGGGAUGGCCAGGGACAUUUACAGAGCCAGCUACUACAGGAAGGGUGGGCGUGCCAUGCUUCCCGUGAAGUGGAUGCCACCUGAAGCCUUCAUGGAAGGCAUCUUCACAUCCAAAACGGACACGUGGUCAUUUGGUGUUCUGCUGUGGGAGAUCUUCUCGCUGGGUUAUAUGCCCUACCCCAGUCGCAGCAACCAGGAAGUGUUGGAGUUUGUCACCAACGGUGGUAGGAUGGAUCCUCCCAAAAACUGCCCUGGACCUGUAUACCGAAUAAUGACUCAGAGUUGGCAGCAUCAACCUGAAGACAGGCCCAACUUCUCCACUAUCUUGGAGAGGAUUGACUACUGCUUACAGGAUCCUGAUGUGGUAAAUGUCCCAUUGCCUGUGGAGUAUGGACCUGUACCUGAGGAGGAGGAGCGUGUGCCAAUGCGGCCUGAGGACCCCACAGCCCCCUCACUUUUAGUGUCUGCGCAGAUGCCCGAUAAGGAUGGACCCACGCCUCUCCCUUCCUACCCCUCCGAGGACACCCGGAGACCUGGCGACCCUCUCCUCCAACCCAGCCAGCCCGCAGAACCCAAGCCCCCAGCCCUGGCCCAACCCCAGUCCUACCCUCACCCACACCCACACCCACAAACAUCCACCACUGCCACAGUAACCUCCACGGCAGCUUCAAAGAUCCCCAGCCAGCCCGGCCCAGAGGGAGGCCACGUCAACCUGGCCUUCAGUGCACAGGGUCAACCCCCAGAGAAGGAGAGCCACAACGAGAAGCCCACCAACCUGUGGAACCCCACCUACGGCUCCUGGUUCCUCCAGCAGCAGCAGAGGAAGCAGCAGCAGCAGAGGCAGAGCGGGGUUGGUGGAGGAGGAGCACCAGCGGUGGGAGGGCUCAGCGGUGGCAGGGUUCCCGGAGAGGGGCAGGAGUACGUGGGGAGGACGGUGGCAGAGGCAGCGGGGGCCUUGGGGCUCCAGCACCAGCACAAGCAGUUCCAGCACCAAUUCCAGCAGCAGCACCAUCAGCUUCAGCAGCAGUUGCUCCACCACCAGCACCAGCAGCAGCAGGGUCUCUGCCGUCCGCUCUUACCUCCGCCCCCGCCCCCUUCAGUCGCCUCCAACGCUGACCCUUCCCCGCUGCUCCUCGAUUCAGCCGCCCUACCACCGGUCCCUCUCUACAGACUACGCCGAUUCCCAUGUGGGAACAUAGGCUAUGGAUACCAGGAGCAAGGCUUGCCCCUGGAGCCUUCCCACGGUGGCCCCAACCCCCCUCCUCCCCCUCCCCCUCCCCCGCCAGCCCCUGCCACCUCCUCCUCCUUAGGCUCUGCCCAGAGAGGGGUGCUGCCCACCUCUGUUUCUUUAAGCCGAUCGGUUGUUUCAGAGGACAGCCGCCCGCUGCUGGUUACCAUGGGAACGGUGCAGGAUUCCAGGCUACCGAGAAUGGAAGGGCACAACGCCACUGUGCUUUAGCCGUUCCGGAUCCACAAGUAUCCACUCUGAGACUGUGUUGAGAAACACUUGAGGAAAAAUAUGUUAAACACUGUGUCAGGAGAGUUCUAAACAUUUGGACUCCCCUACUAUCUACAGUACCAAGUUCCAUGGUUUCUUCCACAGAUUGAAGCAAACCAUUUGUUACCUGGCCAAAGGGAUAUUGUAAGUCCUGUAGAACCCAAUGAAAAGCUUGGCAAAAAAACCUGGAAUCUACUAAUGGAUACUGGGAGCAAAGUUUAUAAUCCAUCGGCUGGCUAAUUGUUGUUUAACGGAAGAUAUGUAUUUUUUUCUAUGCUCGAUGUAACCAAGUGACUGAAAUAUGGGGCUUGGGAAUUUCCUUAAGUAGUUCAGAACGACUGGUUGAAAACAUUCCAUUUAGUAGCAGCAGUGUUUAUUUGCGGAUUAGCUAUUGUGUGGCUUUACUUGUCCAAGCAGUCAUUUAUUUGGGAGGCAUGUGUGGAACAUAGGUGAUUUCUGCCAAAACAGCAGUUUUCAGACAUUCUUUGGACAGCAGUAUGACUAUAGCUUUGCUAACGUUUUACUGACUUUGUUUACAUAUUUUGCAUCACACAAUGCUUCUGUUCUUUUUUUGUGAAUCAAAGCCUUGGUAAAGGACUAUCAGAAACAAUUUUGUAAGUAAACUUUUGAAUCUGAAAUGUGAUUCAAGAAAAAAAAAAGUGUUUAUUGAUGUUUGCUUGCCUGCUUGUUUAUUUAUUUAUUCAUUUGUUUAUUUAUUAUUUGAAAGAGGCUUUGUAAAUUAAUAAUAUAUGUGCUUUUGAAACCAACCAAAUGUUCAUUUUGCUAAUAUGUGAGCAUUUUUUGGCUCUGAAACUGUUCCCCCCCGUCUUGUCAACCUAAAUUAAACUUGAUGAACAAUCAACAACAGGCUAGACUGGGUGGUAAACAUGAUGGCUGAAAAAGUUUAAAUAGUUUAUGCUUAAGUUGAGUGGUUAGGGAAUUGGGCUAUUAAUCAGAAGGUUGCCGGUUCGAUUCCGGCCCCGUCAAAAUGAAGUUGUGUUCUUGGGCAAGGCACUUCAGCCUACUUACCUCGGGGGGAGUCCCUGUACUUACUCUAAGUCGCUCUGGAUAAGAGUGUCUGCUAAAUGACUAAAUGUAAAUGUAAGUUUGGCAAUGUAUUUGUCAUUAUGGUUGGGCACAGUCUGUGCAGAUCAGUCACACAGAAACAUGCCUAUUCACAUCCAUGUUAUUGUGACAAAAUAACUCAAACUUUAAAAAAAGAAUAUAUAUAUAUAUAUAUAUAUAUAUAUAUGAUUAUGAUAUAUAAAUAGCAAAUAGCAACACUGCACUUCAGUCAAGAAGCACCGCCCUGUCGAUACAUGAAACAUCCACUGUUAGCCGUCAUGAUAAUGAACUGCACAAAUGAAAUCUACGGGCUUGGGGGUUGAGAUUUGUACCUUCUGCAAGAGGUACAGUAGCCAGUAGUGUUAGAAGGAGGCGCUACUGUGUGUUUUUCAUGAAUGGGUAGAUGGUGGGGAGUUACUGUGUGGCACAUUUGGAGAAUACUGCAAACUAAACAUAUACUGCAAUUCAAUGCCCUUUUUAGAAACGAUUAGUUCAUGGACUCUUAGACAAUUGAAAGCGCUCUUUUACAUUAAGAAGUUUGGGCAUUUCGGCUGUGGGGCUUUUUUCAGUAACUCUUUCUUAAUUCCUUAUGUGUAAAAUGUUUAUCCAAUUUCAUCUCCCUCCCCCUGAGCCAUCCCCUUUAUUGGACAUCGGUGAAUAGGUCUUUAUCCCAAACUGCUAUUUUAAAAUACUCAAUGUUAAUAAAUUUGAAAAUUUUAUCUUUUCUAUUUGAGAGAGACUGUUGUAUAAUAUUAAGUAUUCUUGAGUGAAACAUUUGAAUACAAAUUGCUUGUGGUCCACAAAUGAAACUAAGAACUAUUUUGUGAGGUUCUUAAUCCAGCUGUCAUGAACCAUUUUCACACAUUUAUGUGCACGGCAUCUAUACAUGUUAGUGGUCAAUGUCUGCUUUUAUUUAAGGACAUUUGUGGUUUUGAGUAAAUUAAGUUGCAAGCUUAAAAAUGUGUUCACAAUGGCCUAAAACUGACCAGACAGAAACAUUGUUUCUAGUAAAUGUAUUUCUCCAUUUUCUCUACUCAACUUGAACCUAAAGCAGUAAUAGGCCAUAAGUUUUGAAGUAACAUUUAAUUCUUAAGAUCUGAUGUGAGAUUCUAGUUUCAGUAUCACGCCUGAUGCAAUAGAAAGAUAUAUACUCUCACUUCAACUGUGGGUUCCAGAGAGUGACAUGCUACUGUCCUUGCCUGCAUCGCUGUGUUGGCAUAUUCUGUGUUUUUUUUAGCUCACUGUCCUUGAGUAAAAAAUUUAAAAGAAAUACCUGCACCUGUAAAAUGUUGUAAUUAUGAAGUAUUGUACUAUGACUCUGGUAAAAGCUGUAAAUUUGCCCUUCAGAUGACAUUUGCCAAAAUGAAUAA